CUGACGUUCACUAUCAACACUGAACCUCCGUACGAUGCGACGCUGACGGUGUCGGAAAUUUACGAGAGAAGGCUAAAAAGAUGGUGGAAUACGCAGUCAAGUAUACUAGAAUAUAAUAUGAAGAGACAGUAGAGAGUCUUUCUUUGUGCUAGAAAUGAUCAGGUUUCUUGAUCCUCAGUUCGCUUCCGAUUAGAAUCUUUUUCGUUCGAUAAGGAUCUUGCUUCCUUCCCUUCAUUCCCCGACGGAGAAAGUUGGUGUCGAUUUUUCGAGUGCAGAGUACCCGAGCCCGCCUUCUCGGCCAAGCCCGUUUGUGCAGCCGGUGGCCAAUGGGAGCACUUCCUAUGAGGACAUGGUUGAGGCUGUGGAUGGCGUGUACAAAACUCUGAACCACCCGACACCGGAUUUCAUGUUCUUCUCGCCUCUAGUGGGAAAUUGCAUGCUACUGGAGAAACUGGGCAGAAGCAGAGACGACCAGGGGACGAAUCGGAAUUAUGUUCUUGGGGAAAUGUGAAUUCGACGUUGAAUAUGACUAAAGCUUUGCUGAGAUAUGUAGACUUUCCUCUUAGUGUUGAAAUAAUAUCCAUACGUCCGCUUGGUCCUUAGAUAGAAGAUUUACAAACAGCACAAAUUACUUAUAGAUACGACUGCACUAGUAGUAGACAUUUUCUAACUCUGACGGAAUCCUCAACUGGCACCAAAGUUGAUUGCUGUUCCGAUCAAUCCGUUAGUUCCGCCACCGUUUGAAUUUGUGCCAGAUUUCAAUGCCUGGCACGAACGUGAGCUAGAACAAGGAGAUAAAAAGCCUCAAGACAGCGCUUGGCUCUUCACCCAAUGCAGUGUCGCAGCUGCUGCAAGGAUUCUUUAUGGAUGUUGGUCUUGGUUGUUUGUUUUUUCGGCACUGAAUUAUGUGCUUUGUAUCUCCGUCAUUCACUGUAACUCGUGACACCAGAUGAAUGGAACAAUACUACUAAAUCCUUCCUUCUUUCAUAUUCCAGAAAAACAGGGAUAUGCCUUAUUGCAGAUCGACCACGCCUUGGCGCUGUUUGGGCGCAAGCUAGGUCCCGCAACGCGCUUCGGGGUCGGGCCACUACUGCCACAAGAGUUGUGGUUGCAGGGAUGGCAUUGCAUUAAGGCUUACUCAUGAUCAACAAGAUCUUUUCCAUUUUCUGCAUGGAAAAAGAUUUCACAGUCAAUCAUGCAUUAGGCUUCUUGGGACAUUACUAUCUACCUGUUCAUCUAAUCAAAGUCCAGCUGCACGCACUUUUCUUGCCUUAGAGUGGAAAAGCGGUUUGGAUGUGGAUUUUCUCACAGACAAUGAGAUCGAUCCGGUGUUACGUCAACAGGAGUUGUGUAGAUUUGUCGACCGUUUUUCGCUUCCCAUGGUCUGGCGCGCUAUGCCUACACUAGACUGUUCGAAGGUUGCUGAAAAACUGUCAGCCGAAGAGGACGAAGAAGCAGAAGAGGAAGUACGCGCAGGCCUUGUAGUGGCGGAUGGGUCUAGAGAUACUAUAACUGUGUUAUCAGAAGCAGAAGUACAAGUCGUGGGUCAGCAAGAGGAGCAGAAGAACAAGAAGGAUAGUCAAACUGGAGCUGUUGUUGCAGUAUCUUUUCCAGCCCACACGUACCGAACCUUGGACCCGAAAACGUCGAGUUCGCUCUUUGGUGACCUGAAUUUAUACAAUUUAUGGCAGCGACGAGUAGAUGUACCUCGUGUACAGAGGAUAAUUUGAUGGACUGUAGUCUAGUACAGCUAGUUGCAAUCUCUUCUCUGUUAUGAGGGGCUGGACAGCGCGAAGAUCUCUCGUAUGAUAAACCUGCCAGAUCCAACAGCCAGUUCUCCGCUCUAAACAUCGGCCGUACGCAACUGUUAUUCUUAAGGGAGUGGGACACGACGAAUCCAAGGAAUGAACUCGGCAAAAAAUUUUUGUUGGAGUCGCAAAACCGUGGUCGCUGCUUGGACGAUCUAGGAAUCUGCGAGUGCUUUAUUCCCUGGCGUGGCCGCUUCUGCGAACAGAAAGAAACGUUGAAGAGUCUAGAAGAAAUUGUUAAGAAUGCAGUUUACUCAGUCGUGGUUGUAGCUUCUUUCAUCUUUCCAUAGGCAGGCUUGAGUAAUUUUGUUAUAAUGUCAACCGCCUCUAUCAGAGGAGGAGCAACCAUGUGAGCCAGCACCCUCACUGCAAACUUCUUCUCCUUCUAAACUUCACGAAACAUCCGGAAAGCUCAAGAAGGGCUACAAAGCGGCACUGCAUUAUCUUGUUGGCGACAGCCCACGUCUGCUCCGCGACAUGCGGUUGAGCUUACAAAUCCUUUGGCGCAAUUUUAAUAGCAGACACGAAUACCCGGUUGUUAUUUUUCAUGACGGUUUGUCCCCUUCAGCUAGGCAGAUUCUCAUAGAGAGUUCGCCAAACAAAUUGUGGUUCGCCUUCGUCGAGGACUAUACCAGUAUCCCGGAACACCUGAAAAACAAGAUCCCGCAAAACGACUUCGCGGGAUACAACUUGGGCUACCGUGGAAUGUGUCGCUUCCGUUCAGGACCGAUAUUUCUGCAUCCGGUGUUACGGAAGUGGAUAUUUGUGACUAUUCGUGAAUGAGUGAUGAAAAAACAGCGCAAGGUCGGGAAAGAAUUGAAGUGGCGUGGCGGAAGAUCAGAUAACUGAGAUGAGAAUGAACAAGUCUAGAUGAAAACUCCGCUUGUACAUGUACGCUCUAAUCCCCUUAAAGGAUUUCGACUACGCGUGGACCCUGGAUACUGACGGCUACUUUCCAGCACCUGUUGAGUACGACCCGAUUCAGCGGAUGCAUGAUCAAAACUUGAUCUACAUGUACUCGCACAUAUCGCGGGACCAAGCUGGGCAGGUGCAGCACUUUUGUUAUGUGAGUGCGCAGGUUUCUGUGUGUCAAUAAGUAUGUCCUACGUUCAAUCGUCAUUUUGUCUCUGUCAUUUCCACCCAAAGCCCUUCUACCAAUGAAGCAGCAUAGUCGUAGUUUCUAACAUCCGGAGUUUCUCCGUAUGUACAUCGAGCAUAAGGGCUAUGACAAAAAAGGGACCAAAUUGAUGCGGCGGAUUACGGAUGCUUUGGUGAUGCGCGAUACCUACUGGCAUGAGUGGAACCGACUGCUAUUCAUGAACGACAUCGAGUUAGUGCGACUUAGCUGGUUUCAAGCGGACUUAUAUUUAAGGUGCAGGAGGGUUAGUAGUCUUCAACACUUAUCGUUGUGCACUUUCUUCUUGUUCUAUCUUGAAGUCAAUCGCGCAAUGAUCAACUACACUUUCUUUUGUUAUACGACUUUCUCCAGUACGUAGAGCUAAAGCCAUUUGAUGAUGCAAGGCCAAGAUAGUUAUCCGAAUCACAAACCUCAACCGCUAAUACGUCAAGAAUAUUUCAGAUUUUUGGACUCCUUAGGCGGUUUCUGGCUCUAUCGCUGGGGUGAUCACGGGAUCCGGACGAUUGCCAUCGCGAUGCACUUGGGAGAAGAGUAUUUAGCGAAAUUGGACGUCCCCUAUUCGCAUCAAGGUGCUUGCGUUUGCGCAUCGGAGAACAAAAAGUGCGUAAAGAGGAAAGACAAAAAUUAAGGUGUGGACUAGAAGUGCGUCCUGCAUGGAUUCCUAGUUGGAGUGAACAAUGUCGACGAGGCAUGAUCUCCAUCUUGCCUAGCCGUUUAUUCACUAUUUUAGAAAUGAAUAGUACAACGCAGAUAAGAAGGUCAGCACCCUCUCCUCCCUCUAAAAACCAAAACAAGACAGCGACCUUCCAGACGGAGAGGAUGUGAGUCGCAGCUACAAGUUCGAGUGCGUCUACAGGCAGCCAGGAGAAGAAGUUGAUCCAGAAGACGCGUCUUUCGGUGUCGUCGACCCAGUGCGGUUUUUUGGAGGAACCUAACAAGGUGGACGAUGGACAGUUUCAACAUAUUGUUAGUCAGGACUUGGAAGAAAACAAAUAAUGACGCAUCGCGCAUUUAGUUCUUAACAAAAAUUUGUCAUGAUGGAUACAACCGGCGUAAAUUGAUCCACUUCUAUUCAUUACAUCGCACAUUAUAAGGAGACGAAAUGGAGACGAAAUCUGAUGAACUCUACUAAGCAAGAAUGAAGACUUUCCACACCAGUACACGAAAUAUAAUGCGGAUGCUGAAAUAAUUCUAAUGUUAUCUCUUCGCACAAGUUCUUUUCCCGCAGUGAAUCUGAAAUUUAAGUACAGUCAGGAACAAAUUUUUAGAGCCUUCUAGUACCUCUGCCAUCGACUGGUGAAGGCAAACGGAUAGAGGAGACCUCUUCUCUAUGAUGAGGAUCUCACGACGGAACAAGAUCUCUGAAUUUUCACUUUGUGUAUCAAGAUCCAUUGAGAAGAAGCG